AUGAGCAAAAAUAAAGAAUACGCUGUAACACUUAUUUCUGCUGAUCAAAUUUUCUGGCCAACAGAAGGUGAAAAUGCGAGAUUUAUUCAGGCUCAUGCAAUGCCUAAUAUUGGAAAAUGGAAUAAUUUCGAACCAGCAAAAAUAGCAAAAUUUGAAAAAUGGAUUCAUGAGAAACCCAAUCCUCAAGUUUCAAAUCAUUCAACUUUGACUUCUGAUUAG